AUGCAGAAAGUCGCUCUUCUUGCCCUGAUCUUUGCCGGCACUUCGAUCGCCGCGCCUACUGGUGCCGACAAGCGCUCUGACGCAGAUGCUGCCACACUCUACGUUGCCGACAAGCGUUCUGACGCUGACGCUGCAACCCUCUACGUUGCCGACAAGCGCUCCGACGCUGACGCUGCAACCCUCUACGUUGCCGACAAGCGCUCCGACGCUGACGCUGCAACCCUCUACGUUGCCGACAAGCGUUCUGACGCUGACGCUGCAACCCUCUACGUUGCCGACAAGCGUUCUGACGCUGACGCUGCAACCCUCUACGUUGCCGACAAGCGCUCCGACGCUGACGCUGCAACCCUCUACGUUGCCGACAAGCGCUCCGACGCUGACGCUGCAACCCUCUACGUUGCCGACAAGCGCUCUGACGCAGAUGCCGCCACUCUUUACGUUACCGACAAGCGUUCUGAUGCUGAUGCUGCUACUCUCUACGUUGCCGACAAGAAGAAGCGCUCUGACGCAGAUGCCGCUACUCUUUACGUUGCUGACAAGAAGAGGCGUUCUGAUGCUGAUGCUGCUACUCUCUACGUUGCCGACAAGAAGAAGCGCUCUGACGCAGAUGCCGCCACUCUUUACGUUGCUGACAAGAAGAGGCGUUCUGAUGCUGAUGCCGCAACCCUCUACGUUGCCGACAAGAAGAAGCGCUCUGACGCAGAUGCCGCUACUCUUUACGUUGCUGACAAGCGUUCUGAUGCUGAUGCCGCUACUCUCUACGUUGCCGACAAGCGUUCUGAUGCUGAUGCCGCUACUCUCUACGUUGCCGACAAGAAGAAGCGCUCUGAUGCCGAUGCCGCCACUCUUUACGUCACCGACUAA